CCUGGCUGGGGGGAGCGUGAUGGCGGUGCACCGGGGACCCUCCACGAAAUGGCUCUUCACCCGGGAGCAGCUGGAGAACACGCCGUCCCGCCGCUGCGGGAUCGAGGCGGACCGGGAGCUCUCGUACCGCCAGCAAGCCGCCAACCUGAUCCAGGACAUCGGCCAGAAACUCAACGUAUCUCAACUAACCAUCAACACUGCUAUAGUAUACAUGCACAAGUUUUAUAUGAUCCACUCCUUCACCAAAUUCCAUCGCAAUAUCAUCUCGCAGACCACGUUGUUCCUGGCAACUAAAGUUGAAGAGCAGCCCAGGAAGCUGGAGCUUGUCAUUAAAAUGGCCCAUGCCUGCAUUAACCCCCAAGAGCCGGCCCCAGACACCAAGAGCAAUGCAUUCCUGCAGCAGGGACAAGAGCUUGCAGCACUGGAAACAAUACUGCUGCAAACACUGGGGUUUGAAAUAACAGUUGAUCAUCCACACACAGAUGUUGUGAGGUGUUGCGAGCUAGUGCGAGCAAGCAAGGACUUGGCACAGACUUCCUAUUUUAUGGCUACCAACAGUUUGCACCUCACCACCUUCUGCCUGCAGUACAGACCCACAGUGGUGGCGUGUGUCUGCAUCCACCUGGCCUGCAAGUGGUCCAACUGGGAGAUCCCCGUGUCCACAGAUGGGAAACACUGGUGGGAGUAUGUGGACCGCACCGUAACACUACAGCUGCUGGACGAGCUCACACACGAGUUUCUCCAGAUCCUGGAGAAGACGCCCAGCAGGCUGAAGAGGAUACGAAACUGGAGGGCCAUUCAAGCAGCUAAGAAGCCAAAGACGGAGGGCUCGGCAGUGGACGUGGCCUUCCAGGGUUCGUCCCUCGACGGCCUCUCUGGUGUCGCCAACUCCUUCUUCCCCUCCACGUCUUCAUCGGACUCCAUGGAAAUGCCCUCCCUGAACGCCAUCGCAGCCCCUUACACCAACUACCAGCCGCUCAGCGACCUGUCAAAGAGCUGCAACUACGACCAGUUCUCCCAGCCGCCCCACUCAGACUUCACGCUGGUGAAACACGAACACAAAUCUGCCGGCGGGUCUAGUAGUAAAAACCAGCAGCUCGAAGCGAACGCCGCCGUUUGUCCCCGUUCGCAGAAAGUCUUGACUUUGGAAAAGUACCGAGAGAAACACGCGGCUGAAGUGGCCACGCAGAACGGCGGGAAGGACGAGCCGGGCGCAGACAUGUAUGCACCUCCGCCGGCUCUGUCCUCCCACCACCACAAGAAACGCUCCCAGCAGGCCCGCCAGUCGGGCGAGGGGCGGAGCGACAAGACCAGCUCUAAGAAACCUCGGCUGACUCCUUCUUUCGCUGAGAACGGCUCUGCGUCGAGCGAGGAGCUCAAGAUGAGAAUCAAAGUCUCAUCGGAGCGCCACGGCGGCGCCGAGCAGGGCGGGACUCUGCCCGGGAAAGACAAGCACAAAGAACACAGCAGCCACCGCCACUUGAAACACGGACACUCUUAUUCCGUCACCGGGAACGGCAGAGGGGCGUUAGACCCCUCCUCCUUGUCUCUACGCGCUCCCGGCAGCAACGGGAACGACGGCGGCUCCUCCGGCUCGUCUCGGAAGAGGCCUCACUCCGACGCCGGGAACCACCACCACUCGUCCAAAAGUAGCAGGAGCUCCAAAGCUGGCCUGAGCUCGGCCCACUACGCAGCCGACGGCGGCCACCGGCUGCUGGAGCACCACGGCCACGACGGCACCAACGGCUUGAUGACCACCAACGGCGAACACACUGACUACAAAGACACUUUUGACAUGCUGGACUCUUUACUAAGUGCCCAAGGAAUGAACUUAUAACCCUCAGAGAGUCCUCAGUGUUGUCUCGAUUUAAAGUAUUAUCAUGUUUAAUAGGAUUUUAAAAUUUUUAUUUGUCUUAAGUUAUCUUGAAUUGUGCGUCACUCUCAGUCGUGUGUCUCCACACUGAUUACUGGUGAUUCGUGUUAAAGCUGUCAAAUAUGAAAGGAUAUGCAUAGAGCCGUGUACUUACUAGCUUGCAAAAACAAAAAAAACCACGAGAUGUUUUAAGAAUGCGGCUGAGUUUGAAACGUUGUUUUAAUGCAAGCGUAUGAUUUUAAUGUGCAUGUUUUCAGUCACAAAAGGGAAGACAUAGCUAGUGUUCGCAGCCACUGUGACAGUUUACAGUUGAUUUUCUUUCUUUUCUUUUUUUUUUUUUUGUACGUUAAGACAUUGUGUUCCACUAAAAAUCUCAGGUCUUGAACUUUUUUGAUAUAAGAACGAAUCUUCCUCUGUUUGGGUUUAUUACCUGUAUCCGUGGAGAUGUAUCACCUCGUCCUUUUGCUGACGAAGACGGCAGAACUUCCUGUCUUAAGAGAACAUGGUCUGCUUACUUUUCAAACAGUGCAUCGGUAGUUACGAACACAAAUGUGAGGCCGACUCCAUUUGCGGUCCAUCCGGGGACCUGCGAGGCCGCACCUGAACUUAAUGUGCAGACUCGGUUUCGAGCGACAUGCGACGUUUACGUUACAUCUGCUGUGAAAGUGCAUUUAAAAAUAUAUAUCGGCUAAAAUUGCUAAAAAGGCCUUUGUGAUUGUACCUUGUCAAUCGCUAUUCAGUAUGAUAAAUGUUAUGAACUAUCAAAAAAAAAGGAAAAAAUUAAGAUCUCUUCAAAUGAAAUAGUGUAAAUAGGACUGUAGUUCAGAUUUAAAAGAAACUGUUGGUUCCUUGCAUCAGUCCAAACCCUCCUCCAUUCAGUGUAUCAUGAGAUCUCAAGCAGCCUGUAUCGACCAACAUAUCCUGGAUUUGUGUAUUGGGAGCCCGAAUAAAGGUGUAAAAGUGAUUUUUACACAUGCGCGA